UCUGACGCACUUUCAUUUGAAGAAAUUCGUCAAAUUUUAAAUCAUGAGAUUUUAUGCGAUGAUAAUCCUCAAGCAUUAACGAAACGAGUUUACUUUUGGCUCUGCUUGCUUUGUGGAUUUCGUGGUGGAGAUGCACAACGGCUUAAAAUAACUCAUGUAACUGCUACGAAAUAUCAAGAAAUUCAAGUAAUCAUUCCACAAGAAAAGAACAAUGCUGGUGGCAUUAAAAAUUUGGAUAAUUCAGGACGAAAAUGUGAAAUUCCACCCGACCAAGAUGAAAAAUUUACACCA